AGGCCGGCCCAGGCAUCCUCCCCGCUCCCCCCGCCUGCCCGCCCGCCUUUGCUGCUGCUUGUGACAUUCAGCAAGGAGGGGAUGAACCUGGACAGCGCAGGAGUCCGCCGCCGCCGGCAGAUGGAGAAAGAGCGAGGAUCCCUCUGCAGCCGGGGCAGGGGGGCUGCUGCCGCCGCUCCUAGGGCGCUGCUUGGCUGAGGAAAAGCGGGGAGGGGGCGCGCUUUUGUCUCCCUCUCCCACCCCCCGGACUCCUGCUUCUUCUCGGCGGCAGUGAUGGAGAGGGAGGGUUGCAGGCGCUGAAGCUCCUUUUGUCUGCAGUCCCUUGGCUGCCCGGCUGGGCCCUGCCCUGCCCAGCAUCACAGCAUCCUUCCUGGCGAGAGGCAAGCAGCGCCCCUACCUCGGCGGCAGCAUCCCUCCCUUUUGUCUCCAGAAGGAGAAAGCUGCUGCUCCUCCUCCGCCGCUGCAAAAGGAGGGGUGGGGAAACCCUGAGCCCCCACCCAUGUCUGCAGCUUGGGGGCCAGCAGCAGCAGCAGCAGGCAGGACCUAGGAGCCGGCCACAGCAGGAAGAGGGGAGCCUGCCCCCUCCCCACCAGGGGGCUGAGCCAGCAGAAAAGGAAAGGGGGGAGAGAGGCGCCACCGCCAGUUGGAGACCCCUCCCAUUCAGCCAUCUUCGGACCAUGCACUGGGGCGAUUCCUGAGAGGUUAACAGGCAGCGGACUAAUUCUAAGGGCAAGAUCUGCCAAGCUUUGGUGGCGAUGGCUGAGAAGAGCCUCGACCCCACAUGUGUCUCCAUCGCCCUGGAGGACCCCGUUUGCAACGCCGGCUCGCAGGACGCUCCCCUCCUGACCACCCACCUGAAGAAGGUGGAGAACCACAUCACGGAUGCCCAGCGGUUCUCCCACUUGCCCAAGCGCUCGGCCGUGGACAUCGAAUUUGCUGACGUGUCAUAUUCUGUCCGCGAGGGCUCCUGGUGGCGGAAGAGAGGAUACAAGACACUGCUGAAAUGUCUGUCUGGAAAGUUUUGCCGUCGUGAGCUUAUUGGGAUCAUGGGCCCUUCCGGAGCUGGAAAAUCGACCCUUAUGAACAUCCUGGCUGGUUACCGGGAGACGGGCAUGAAGGGCCAGAUUCUCGUGAACGGACGGCAGAGGGAGCUGCGCACCUUCCGGAAGAUGUCUUGCUACAUCAUGCAGGACGACAUGCUGUUGCCACAUCUCACCGUGUGUGAGGCUAUGAUGGUUUCUGUCAACCUGAAGCUGAAUGAGAAGCAGGAAGUCAAGAAGGAGCUGGUGAAUGAGAUCUUGACAGCACUGAGUCUUUUGGAGUGUUCCUACACCCGCACUAUGUCCCUGUCUGGAGGGCAGCGCAAGCGUCUCGCCAUUGCCCUGGAGCUGGUCAACAAUCCCCCAGUCAUGUUUUUCGAUGAACCCACCAGCGGACUGGACAGUGCCUCCUGCUUCCAGGUAGUCUCUCUGUUGAAGUCUCUGGCCCAAGGAGGCCGCACCAUCAUCUGCACCAUCCACCAGCCUAGCGCAAAGCUCUUUGAAAAGUUUGACAAGCUUUAUAUCCUGAGCCAGGGUCAGUGUAUCUUCAAGGGAGCAGUGUCCAACCUCAUCCCGUACCUAAAAGGGCUGGGCUUGCAUUGCCCUACCUACCACAACCCAGCUGAUUUCAUUAUUGAAGUCGCCUCGGGCGAGUAUGGCGACCUUAACCCUUUGCUGUUCCAAGCGGUCCAGAAUGGGUUGUGCACCAUGGAGGAGAAGAAGAGCAGCCCAAACAAAGCGGAUUCCUCUUGCCCGGGACACUGCGUGGCGGAUAUGGAGCACAUUGAGAGCCACACGUUCGCUACCAGCACCCUGACCCAGUUCUGCAUCCUCUUCAAGAGGACAUUCCUGUCUAUUUUGAGAGACACGGUGCUAACCCGCCUGCGAUUCAUGUCGCACAUCUGCAUCGGCGUGUUGAUUGGCCUGCUCUACCUGCACAUUGGCAAUGACGCCGACAAGGUCUUCAACAACACCGGCUUCCUUUUCUUCUCCAUGCUGUUCCUCAUGUUUGCCGCACUGAUGCCCACAGUCCUCACUUUCCCUCUAGAGAUGUCUGUGUUUCUGAGAGAGCAUCUGAACUACUGGUACAGCCUGAAGGCCUAUUUUCUAGCAAAAACGAUGGCAGAUGUUCCUUUUCAGAUAAUUUGCCCCAUCACGUACUGUAGUAUCGUGUACUGGAUGACAGGCCAGCCUCCUGAAGCUACCCGCUUCCUGCUCUUCUCAGCCCUGGCCACCUCCACCGCCCUGGUGGCUCAGUCCUUGGGGCUCGUGAUUGGAGCUGCAUCCACCUCCUUACAAGUGGCCACAUUUGUGGGUCCCGUGACUGCCAUCCCUGUCCUCCUCUUCUCUGGCUUCUUCGUGAGUUUCAAGACCAUCCCCACCUACCUGCAAUGGAGCUCCUAUGUCUCUUAUGUCAGGUACGGCUUUGAAGGUGUGAUACUCACCAUCUACUCCUUGGAGCGGGACGAGCUGGAGUGUAAGGUGCCCGACUGCCCUUUCAAGGACCCAAUAAAGAUACUUAAGCAGCUGGAUGUGGAGGAAGCUAAGCUCUACCUUGACUUCCUUAUCCUAGGGAUUUUCUUUGUCGUCCUCAGGCUCCUGGCCUACCUCACCCUCAAGUACAAGGUGAAGUCCGAAAGAUAAAAAGGGGACUCAGGCAGGAUCCCCAGUGCCCUUUGGCAGACCCUAUCGGCUGUGCCACGACUGUUUUCCAAAGGACACAAACUCUGCAGGCCGUGGCCCAAAGAGGCAGGUGUUGUUCGGUAGCCGGUGGCCCCCAUCAGCUCAGUCAAGAAGAGCUGAUAGGACAUCUUGGAACUGUUUUAAUCUUUCCAGGCAUUCUCUUCAUUGCAAAACAAUCUUUCCUCGUUUUUUCUUUUUGUAUAAUUCUGGAAUGUGUCAAAACUCUCUUCCUGGAGCAAUAUCAGUCAGAGGGGACCUGUCCUCAUUCCAGUGCCCCCCCUCCCCUGCUUUUGAGAUACCGCCUACCACCAAGCAAAGCAGUUUGAAGCAGCCUAGUUUCUGCUCCAAUGGGGAGGAAACAGUGGGGUGGGCAGUAGAUGCUAGAAUCAAUUUGGG